GAAGGACCAAGUCGCGCGGGGAGAGAACGCGAGCUAUCGCCGGAGUCCGAGGCCGGCAACCGCCGACCAGUGCUGUGGCGAUUCCAGUCCGGUUACAAGUUACAACAGCACGCAUGGAAGCAUUUAUAAAAGGUGUGCGAUCCCAACCCUGCCUAUGGAACCCACUGCAUCCUGAUUACCGGGAGAUGCAAGUCCGAGACAACGCAUGGCAGAAUGUCGUAAAUAUCAGCAAGAACAAUUCUAUACCGAAUAUAAAGGCAGCAAGAAAUGAAUGGAAAAAACUUCGUGAUAACCAUCGAGAGGCUCUAAAACGAGCUAAAUUAGGACAAAACAAAUUAUUACCAGCUCAAAUAACAACUUGGAAGUACGCUAAAGCCAUGCAAUUCUUAGAACCUCAUAUGAAAUAUCGAAUUACAGAGAACAUUGAAAUGGAUCCUCCCGAUGGAACGCCCUCCAAGUACGUUGAACAAGAUGUGUCCACGACAGAAAACGCCGAAUUAGAAACCAGAGAUAGUCCAAAAAAUAAAAGACGUUACAUUGAUUGUUACACAGACAAAUCAAGUCAGCACAAUAAUACAGACGCAUUGGGCUCAUUUUUUAAUUGCAUGCUAAAAAGUACACGAGUAAUGCCACUAUGGAUGCAAACGCAAGUGAAAAAGAAGAUAUUCGCUGUAAUAAUAGAAGCAGAAGAACAUCUGUCUAGUGAUCAAAUUGAUACUAAAGCCGAAAAUAAUUAUUUUACGAUAAAUAAAAUCAAAUCAGAAGUUUUUUCAGAGGAUAGUUAUGAUUAAUUCCGAAUCAGUAUAAAUAUUGUAAUUAUAAUAAGUAUACAACAAAAUCUUUAUAAUUUCAGUAGUUUUCUUGUACAUUAUUUGAAAUAGUACAAUCACCAUUGUAAUUUAUAAACAUCAUUUGUAUGAAAUUUUAAAAUAAUUACGGCCUUAAGCAGUGAAGGGAUUAUAUAUUUUUUGUUCUGUAUAUAAACAUAUAUUAUACUUAAUACAUAUCUCACUCAUAUGGUGUUACAACAAAUCACAAUGUUUUGUUUAGAAAUGUCUACUAUAGAUAAAUAGAAUAGUGUAUAAGGAAGAUACCUAUAUACCUACAUCUUAUUAUAAAAAAAUACCUGCUUAUUUUUAUAAAAAAAUGGACAUUUACCAUCCUUAUGUAUUUUUUGUAGAAUAUCUAUUGCAGAUGCAGUAGAAUAAAAUUGCCAAUCUUCAAGCUCAACAGAAUUUGAACGAAUGCGUA